AUGUCUUAUAAUUCACUUCAAGGAAACAUUCCAGAAGAGAUCGGCAAUCUUCACAACAUGAACUUGUUGUCCAUACAAUAUAAUCAACUUACGGGUUCUAUACCAUUGUCAGUUUUCAACAUUUCUAGAAUUGAAAAUAUAGGAUUUACAGGCAAUGGCUUAUCAGGAAGUCUUCCCAAUGGUUUACGCAAUGGUCUCCCAAUACUCAAAGGGAUUUAUCUGUCUUCUAACAAGCUUCGUGGUCAUAUGCCUACAACUUUAUCAAGUUGUUCUCAACUUCAAAUUUUGUCAUUAUCGGAUAAUGAGUUUGAUGGACCAAUACAUAGUGAAAGAGGAAGAUUGAGUAACCUGCAGAUACUGUAUCUGGGAACUAACCAUGUCACUGGUGAAAUACCCAAAGAGAUAAGCAAUCUCGUUGAGUUGGAGCUACUUAAUCUUUGGUAUAAUAGUUUUAGAGGUCGACAAAAUAUGGAGAUCUUCAACAUAUCAGGGGUGAGAAUAAUAAUCGAAGUCAUUGCAUUUAGUGGCAAUAGCUUAUUAGGAUAUCUUCCCUAUGGUUUAUGCAAUGGUCUCCCAACACUCAAAGGGCUUUAUUUAUGGAAAAACAAGCUUUGCGGUCAUAUGCCUACAAGUUUGUCGAAUUGUUCACAACUUCAAAUUUCGGCUUUACCGAAUAAUGAGUUUGGUGGACCAAUGCACAGUGAAUUUGGAAGAUUGAGGAUAAUUCCACAAGAAAUUGAAAAUCUUGUUAAUUUGGUAGAGUUAGCUAUGGAGAAAAACCAGAUUACCUGCUCUGUCCAGAUCUCCAUAUUCAAUAUCUCAUUGUUGCAAAUUUUGUUUGUGUGGGAGAACAAUCUUAGUGGAUUCUUACCACGGGAGAUAAGCAGUCUCAUUGAGUUGGAGGAACUCCAUCUUGCAUUUAAUAGUUUUGGUGGUUCACUCCCAAUGGAGAUCUUCAACAUAUCACGGCUGAGAGUAAUUGAUCUUACAAACAACAAUCUAUCUGGAAGCCUCCCACCAAACAUGGGUUCUAUCUUACCCAACAUUGAAGAGCUUUAUAUGGGCAACUUAACCAAUCUUGUUGGGAAUAUUCCUCAUUCAUCUCCAAUUGUUCAAAACUUACUGCUUGAUUCCCAACUCACUUGGAUAUUUGACUCAUCUACAGUAUCUAAAUUUAGGGGGAAACAAUUUAACCAGCGACUCAUCAGUAAGCUUCCUAACUUCCUUAACCAAUUGCAGAAAUUUAACAACUCUGGCUCUAUAUUUGAAUCCUCUAAACGGCAUGCUUCCUGCCUCCACGGGGAACCUUUCCACAUCUUUGAGAACAUUUGUUGCCUACAGUUUCAAGAUCAAAGGGAGAAUUCCAAAUGA